ACUUCCAGGUGGCUGCACCGCUGCACCAGGGCUGCCAACCGGCUCCUAGGGGUAGCGUUUUGUGGACCGCAGCUUCCAUCCAGGAGCAUCGCGUAGACCUUGUAUCCAAAGGACCUGGCUGCUAGGCAGUUGUAGAAGCCAUGAAUACGUUGAUUUUCCAAGUGCCCCGAUUUAUUGUCCUGACCGGCUGACCAGCCCCUGGAAAGGACAUUCUGGGGGAAAAAAAAAAAAAAAAAAAGAAAGAAAGAAAAAAAAGAAAAAAAGAAAAAAAGACGGGGAGAAGAAUCAGACAGCCUGGUUAAUUCUGAAAAUCACAUAAAUGUUUGGAAAUUCUGGAGCCUUGAAAAUGUGUGAGCAUUUGUAUUUUUCUUUUCCUUUUGUAUUUUAGUGGCUGGACCAGAACUGUCUGUAAAUUCACUCUCUCAGCUGUAGUAGCUGUUUGGAACCAUGGCAGCGGGCGUAGCAGCUUGGUUACCCUUUGCCAGGGCAGCAGCCAUAGGAUGGAUGCCAGUGGCCACAGGUCCUAUGCCAGCUGCUCCACGGCAGGAGAGGAAGCGAAGCCAAGACUCUCUGAUUGUGCUGAAUGUGAGUGGCAUCCAGUUCCAGACAUGGCUGGACACCUUGGAGCGCUACCCUGACACUCUGCUGGGCAGUUCGGAGAGGGACUUCUUUUACCACCCUGAGACACAGCAGUACUUUUUCGAUCGGGACCCUGACAUUUUCCGCCACAUUCUCAACUUCUACCGUACUGGGAAGCUCCAUUACCCCCGCCAGGAGUGCAUCUCUGCUUAUGAUGAGGAGCUGGCCUUUUUUGGCAUCAUCCCGGAGAUCAUUGGUGACUGCUGUUAUGAGGAGUACAAGGAUCGCCGGCGUGAGAACGCCGAGCGUCUGCAGGACGAUGCUGACCAGGAUCAUGCAGCUGAGAGCUCCCUGCCCUCGAUGACAGCUCGGCAAAGAAUGUGGCGGGCCUUUGAAAACCCACACACCAGUACGCUGGCUCUAGUCUUCUACUAUGUUACUGGUUUCUUCAUUGCUGUCUCUGUUAUUGCUAAUGUGGUGGAGACAGUGCCCUGUGGGGUAAGCCCAGGUCGCAUCAAGGAGCUGCCCUGCGGAGAGCGUUAUGCUGUGGCUUUCUUCUGUCUGGAUACUGCUUGUGUCAUGAUCUUCACAGUUGAAUAUCUCCUACGCCUGCUGGCAGCUCCGAGUCGCUACAAAUUUGUGCGCAGUGUCAUGAGUAUCAUUGAUGUGGUAGCCAUCAUGCCGUAUUACAUUGGCCUGGUGAUGACAGAUAAUGAGGACGUCAGUGGGGCUUUUGUGACACUAAGAGUCUUUCGUGUCUUCAGGAUCUUUAAGUUUUCCCGCCACUCACAGGGGCUACGCAUCCUGGGUUACACCCUCAAAAGCUGUGCCUCGGAGUUAGGCUUCCUUCUCUUCUCACUCACCAUGGCCAUCAUCAUCUUUGCCACAGUCAUGUACUAUGCAGAGAAAGGUUCAUCAGCCAGCAAGUUCACCAGCAUCCCCGCUGCCUUCUGGUACACCAUUGUCACCAUGACAACACUGGGGUAUGGUGACAUGGUGCCGAAGACAAUAGCUGGCAAGAUUUUUGGUUCAAUAUGCUCAUUGAGUGGGGUCUUAGUGAUUGCUCUGCCAGUUCCUGUCAUUGUCUCCAACUUCAGCCGUAUCUACCACCAGAACCAGCGAGCAGACAAGCGCAGGGCACAGAAGAAAGCAAGACUUGCUCGAAUUCGUGCAGCAAAGAGUGGGAGUGCUAAUGCCUACAUGCAGAGCAAACGGAAUGGCUUACUGAGUAACCAGCUGCAGCAGUCCUCCAGUGAAGAAGAACAGGCCUUUGUUAGCAAAUCUGGCUCUUCCUUUGAAACGCAGCACCACCACCUGCUUCACUGCCUGGAAAAAACUACGAAUCAUGAGUUUGUGGAUGAACAGCUUUAUGAAGAGAGCUGCAUGGAGGUUUCUACAGUCAAUCGACCCCCGAGCCACAGCCCCUCUCUUUCAUCCCAACAAGGCGUCACUGGCACUUGCUGCUCACGAAGACAUAAAAAGACGUACCGCAUCCCCAACACUGCCCUCACGGGCAGCCGCCACGGCAGCGUACAGGAGCUCAGUACCAUCCAGAUCAGAUGUGUAGAGAGGACACCUCUGUCUAACAGCCGAUCCAGCUUAAAUGCCAAAGUGGAAGAGUGCGUUAAACUAAACUGUGAGCAGCCUUACGUCACUACAGCAAUAAUUAGCAUCCCAACACCUCCCGUCACCACGCCUGAAGGAGAUGAUAGGCCAGAGUCUCCCGAGUAUUCAGGAGGAAACAUUGUCAGAGUAUCCGCUUUAUAAAAUAAGGAAUUAUUUAUAAAUUAGAAUAAAGACCACUUAUAAGCUGAGUUCUGCAGAGAGAAACGAGUCCUGAGGAAUGAGAGAGCUGACAAAGACAACACCCCCUGAUGUGUGUGCCAGCAGCAACGGAGUGAGACAUUCAGGAGAACCACAACAAUUUGUGGCUGUCAGUGUCACAGCGUGGAAAACAAUGGAGUUUCUACAUAGUGUUGGAACUGACACACAGUGGAAGUUUCUGUGACCAUCCUGACUUACUGUAGAGCACAAUGAAAUGUCCCCAUUGAUGCUUCUUCUUAUCAUGAGAGCUCUUUUUAGAAAGAAAAAAAAAAAGAGAGAAAAAAAAUGAAAAAAAAAAGAAAAAGUACACAUAAAACAAAAAAAAAAAAGAAACCUGUGUUCCUGCUGAAUGCAAAACAAGAAACAUUUUGAUAACUUGUCUUUUUUUCCUCCUGUUAAUAAACCACAAACUUGUUGAGAAACUAUUAAAAAAAUAAAUAAAUAAAAGAAAAAAUGCUCAUAAUGAAAUAUGUUUGUACUGACUGAAAGAAAUACAACCAUAAUGCAUGCUGAAAUUAUUUGGAGCUGUGAUCUCAGUUUACUUUUGUUGUUUUUCAGAUUAGGCAUGAUAAAAUAUUACUGUAGAAAGGGGCAUUUCUGUGCACUUACAACAAGCUGAUUGUUAAUGUUCCAUGGUAGUUGUACAAAUAACUUCCCUUUGAAAAAUGCAGUGUUUCUUAUUCAAACACUCAUUAGUGUACUAAAGGUGUUCAGUUAGUUCAAUAUUUACUAUUGUUUUAUCUUGCUUCCUAGGUACUGUUACAACUGCAAUAAGUCAUUGUACACCUGUUGUAUCAGGAAUCAGGAUUUGUUUUUCUUUAAGGUAUUUUACACAACUUCAUCUACACUAUAAAUGUCUAAUGGCAAAUAUCUACAUAAUCUUACAGCCAAACCGUGCACCACAAAUGUGCUAUUCAGUCACUGUUCUUUUUGUCCUCUGUCCUCUGUUUCUAUCACAGUUCAUUGUCUGCUCCAACAUUACCAUGCUGUUUGGGAUUUCAAGGCUGCUAAUGAACAGGCGUAGUCCUUAGUUCUGCAGACAUCUUGUCUCAUUCUGUAUUUUCAGAACAAACCUCUUGUCCAAGUGUAGUGUUGCAGGAUCACUCCUAUUUAAAUUGAGAUUGGAACAAAGGCAGUUUGGAGAUCAACUAACAUUGUUCUCUAAGCCUUCCCUAUGGAUGUUCUGCAGCAUACAGAGUGUUGGCUGCAGUGGAAGAUGCUGAAAGACAUUCAGUAAAAACAAUGGAAAAAUUAUUCUUGCAGUUAUCUACUAACUUGAAUCCUAAAAUUAGUUUGAGGAUUUAUAUUGUGUUAAGGUAUGUAAUUCUCUAAGAACACUGAUAAAUAAUGGUUUGGGUCUCAAAGCUAUAAAAAUGUGACUGAUUUCUAUUGGAAUUUUCCAGUGGGCUGAUCUAACAGGUACUAUGAAGGCUCUCUUAGUUAAGGUUUUUUGGCUUCAUUUUUAGAAGACACUGGUGUUAGCAGAAACCUUUCUGAUACAAAAAGGACACUUUUCUUCAUGAGAGUGCAUUAGAUGAUGUAUCAUAAUGCUUCAUAGGAAUGUACACAAACUACCAUACAUCCUAUACAUCAAAUAUACAUGGAAUAUUUGCAUAUCAGUGCGUACAUAUAUACAUCAAGAACACUGGAUCAGAAAUAAUUGCAUGUCUGCAAAAUAAAAUAUGCAUAUAAAUCAAAAGACUCGGUACAUUAGAGGCCAUUACAAUAAAUGAUUAACACAGUUAUUUAAUAGUUUGAGUAGUAUAUAUUUCAAUAUAGUAUUUGUUAGCAUUCUACUGACCUUAAAUUUUACAUUAGGAGAUGACACCCACUAAAAACUGAAACUUGCUGAUAGGACACUUUUUACUGCACACACAUAAUUCUCUGUACCUGUCAACAGAGACUGAAGAGUAGAUGAUGGACUAUCAUGCUACAGUAUAUACACCAAAAUGUAACAACUUCACCUAUUAGAAUUGAAUUGCAAUCAAAAGGAGCAUAUAAUGUAAUACAUUAUGCUUUUUUUCCUACUGUUUGCUUAUUCAGAUGCUUGGUUAAUUUGCAGUUAUCAACUCACUUUUUGUUCCAAUCAGAAAAAUUUACUGUAAACCGAGCUUCUAAAUUUCUUUCAGAUUGUAACAGAUAGCAGAAGCACAGAUUGUCCUCUGACAGAAGAACACUCACUUUGAGUCAUUCUGAUGUCAGCUAUGCUGUGUUGCAUGCCUGUCUUUUACCCUGUUAGAAAACUGUGGUAUAUCUGCUGAAGCUGGUGGGAUACCUAAGUUUAAAGGGGUUAACAUGAGAGCUAGAACAGACCUUGAGCUUAUGCUUACAUCCUCCAUCUACCCACGGUCACUCAUAAAAAACUGGCUUGGCCCCCACCUUGUGCUAAAAGAACUAUUGACAUAAAACUGCCUUUACACUAGCAUAUCUGCAACAGCAGCUUAACGCCAUAUGGUACUUCUUGAGUAGGAACAUAGUUAAAUAAUGUUAAAAGGCAGUUACCAAACCCAGUUUGGGACAGAUUACAUACAACCCAAGAAACCUAUUGACUCCAUCAGUUCACGUGUCUCUUAAAAGCUCUUUAUUCUCCUUUUUGCAUGGACUAAAAGAAUUGCACUAGAGCAAUACACUUGCAUAACAGUUAGUUACAUCCCAAAACCAACCUGUACCUUCAUUCUUAAAUUGCAGUUUAGGGAAUAAUUUAGUAUGAUUUUGCAGAAUUCUAGUCUUGUCUCAUAUCUCCACAUGCCACAUGCGAGAUCAUUGCGUUAUUUUGAAUUUGGAAAAUACACAUUCUUUUGGUGUUUUAGGUGAUUUAAAUGCUGUUUUGGUAGUGAAUGACUGUUGAUGACUGUGUAAAAUGCAUCUGUACUGUACAUGAAAUGUAAUUAUUUCUGUGUAUCAUACAAAGAAACCGAAGCUGUUGUUUUUGACAAUUUUGUUUGACAGUCAUAUAUCGUAUUUCAGAAGGCAGCAUAAUACAUGUGUUAUGCUGAAUAAAUAGACAUUUGAGGAGUACUUAAAUAAAACAUCUGCAUGCUUGAAUGGGUCAA